AUGUUCGCCACCCGCCCCAUCGCACGCCGCCUCUCCCUCACCCUCGUCCACCGCUCCCCGCUCCUCCCCUCCGUCCCACGCCCGACCCACCUCCCCUCCCUCUCGACCCUCCCAGCGCGCCCCUUCUCCACCACCCACAUCUCGAGGGACACGCAUGCGCCCAGUAACAGCGCUGCGAGGGACCCGCGCUGGAGGAAUGGGGAGAAGGUGACGUAUGACGAGUUGAAGCCUGUCACGCAGAUGCCUAGCGAUGACGUCCUCAUCGUCGACGUCCGCGAACCCUCGGAAGUCGCACUCGGCUCGAUCCCCUCCUCCGUCAACCUCCCCCUCUCCGUCUUUGAGAAAGCCAUGUCGCUCGACGAAGGCGACUUUGUCAAAGAGUUUGGGUGGCGCAAGCCGGGCAAGAGUCAGCCGAUCGUGUUCUAUUGCAGGGCGGGCGCGAGGGCCCAGACGGCGUUGGAUUUGGCAAAGCACAAGGGGUACAAGUACCUCCGCAACUACCAAGGCUCGUGGCUCGACUGGGAGAAGCGCGAGAAGGAGUCCAACCCGCACGGCGACGACUGA